AUGGAUAGAUCUGAAAUUGAAUUCCUUGACUCCUGUGGGAUCAGACCUUUAGAGAAGAUAGCUCAUGGAUCAUUCGGCGAAGUUUGGAAAGUCUAUAGCUUUCAAUAUAACUCAUACUUCGCCUUAAAAAAGAUUUUAUUAUCGAAGUUCGACGAAAAGGAAAUAGAAUGCAUGAAAUUGAUUGAUCAUUCCUAUAUUGUCAAUCUUUACAAUUACUACAAGUUCAAUGACUAUGUAUACAUGCUAUUAGAAUAUUGCAAUUAUGACCUCAAAAAAUAUAUUGCAUCGAAUGAAACUUUAUGUUUCACGGAUAAACGUAGAAUAAUUUCGGGAUGUGUCACGGCUGUGAAAGCCUGCCACGACCAUUUUAUCUCCCAUUCUGAUAUCAAGCCGUCAAACUUUUUGUUUGACAAAUACAACCGAAUCAAAUUAGGUGAUUUUGGUCUUUCAUCAUCAUACAAAGAAGAAGAACUCUGUGACAGCUUUAGAGGAACGAAAGUUUUCAUGGCCCCAGAAAUAAUAAAGAAAAUUGACUUUGAUCCAUUCAAAUCUGAUAUUUGGGCCUUGGGUGUAACAAUAUAUUACAUUGCUACAGGACUUUACCCUUUCAUUGCAAACGAUUCCAGACAAUUAUAUGAUAGAAUUACUUCUGGUGUAUUUUCAGUAGAUCAUAUUCAUGAUACAAACCUUAUUAAAGUUAUCCGAAGAUGUCUGGAUUUGAAUCCACAAAAUCGUCCAACUUGCGAAGAACUCCUUAAAAUGCCAUUCUUUUUAAGAGGAAUUCCAACUGGAAAGUCAACAUUGAUCAAGCAAAGUUUCUCUGCAACAAGAAAUCUUGUUCUUAAUGAAAAAAUUUGCAAACCAAGAGUCCAUAGGAAUUCUUUUCACUUAGGCAAUGGUCAAUUGUCAACUGGAAGCAACAGCUUCCUUAAUAGCUCCUCAAACUCAAGUAGAGUCCAAGAAUGA